AUGUGUAUACCCAUUACUGAUCUGGUGUGGCAGCUGAUGCGCAAGAUGAAUAUAAAACCUGACCUCCCUUUGUAUAAUCUUUUGUUGAGGGUCAUAAGAGAUUCUGGAUUUGGUAUCAGUGAGGAUGUCAAGAAAUUUCCACAAAGUAGAAAUCUUCAGUGUAAGGAAACCACAAAUGGACAUCAAGAUUCAAUUCAACAUCCUGAGGAAGAACAAACAGAUAAAGAACUCAUUAUUAAAACUGAAAGUAAUGUUUCUGAAAAUACAGCAGCUGUUAAUAUACGAGAGUCAAAUGUUUUAGCUACACUAGACUUGGCUUCAAACCUCUUUGGAGAUUCUCCAAUAAUAAAUACUUCACUUGAUUUGAGGUACCCUGAAAAUCGGCUGGCAGUUUUUGGAGGUCCAUUGGCUAUUCUUGAGGACAUGAAAAAGAAUGGUGUCAGUCCAAAUGUGCUGACAUUUACCCAACUCCUGGACUCUUUACCACAAAAAAAUGAAGCUGAAUUACAACUAUUGGAAUACAUGAAAGCAGAAAAUGUCCGACGAGACAUUGAUCUAUACAAUAUGAUCAUCAGGAGAAGGAACCGAAGGAACGAUUACCAAGCAGCAACUGAGGUGCUAAAGUACAUUGUUGAAGAAGGCAUAUUUCUUAACCUAAGAACAUUUGGUUGUCUUGCAAUGGGCUGUACAACAUUACCAAAAGCUAAAAGACUCCUUCAAAGUAUUGAUGAAGCUGGACUUGAACCAAACAUAGAGAUAUUUGGUCUUUUUGCUUAUAAAAGUGCCUUGGAUUUUGAAUAUAAGGAAGCUUUGUUGGGCAUGUUGAAGAAGAGAAAUCUUUAUCCCAAUGUGAUAUUUUUACAACAUCUAGAAAGAAGUAUACAAUCUGCCCGGAAGAAGAUCCUCAAAAUGGAACGCAAUGAAAUUGUUGAUGACUAUUUUAAAUCUGAAAAAUUUAAAAGCUCAUUUGAAAACUUUAUGAUGAUUUACUCAAAAUGGCUGAAAUCAAUUGGAUUUGAUAAACCUGAACAUCCCUGGAAAGACUUUCGCCACCCGAAAGAAGAGGACAGCCAAAAAGAUGUUCAGUCUUAA